CAUGAUUGCCUAUGCACAAAUAAUUGCAGCAUUCCUCUGCUUCUUAUGCAUCUUCCAUCGAAGAAGAUGUUCCAAACACCCCUUACUCAUAGACUGGCCUUUCCUUGGUAUGUUACCACAACUCCUAUGUAACUUGUCCCGAAUCCAUGAUUUUGUAACCGAUAUUUUGAAACGAAAAGGUUGCACUGGUGAGUUCACAGGACCCUGGUUCACCAAAAUGAACUAUAUGAUCACUUGUGACCCCAUCAACGUGCACCACAUUCUCAGCAAGAACUUUGACAACUACGUUAAAGGGUCAGAGUUUCGUGAGAUUUUUCAACCUUUCGGACAUGGGAUAUUCACUGCUGAUUCAGAUACAUGGAGAUACAACAGGUCUUUGUUCCAUUCUUUGUUUAAACAGAGAGGCUUUGAGGUGUUUCUUGUGAAAACCAUUCAGAAUAAGGUUGAGAGAAGCUUGCUUCCAAUAUUGGAUCAUGUUCAAAGACAAGGGAUUGUGGUGGAUCUCCAAGAUGUGUUCAACCGUUUCACAUUUGAUAACAUAUGCUCCAUAGUUCUUGGACAUGAUCCUAAUUGUCUUUCCAUUGAUUUCCCAGAAGUUGAAUGCGAGAAGGCUUUUACAGAAGCAGAGGAGUGUAUAUUCUACAGACACACAGUGCCAAAAAGUGUUUGGAAGUUGCAGAAGUGGCUUCAAAUAGGUCCAGAGAAGAAGGUCACAGAAGCAUGUAAAACAUUUGAUGAAUUCCUUUAUGCAUGUAUAGCGUCAAAGCAAGAAGAGUUAAGCAAGUACAACAAAAAUGAAACGGCUGAGUCUCACGUUGACUUGCUUACAGCUUUGAUGAGAGAAGAGAAAGGACAAUUACAUGAUGACAAGUUUCUAAGGGACGCAGCAUUCAAUCUUUUUGUAGCAGGGAGAGAUACUAUAGCUUCAGCACUCACUUGGUUCUUCUGGCUUGUUGCUACACACCCAUUAGUGGAAGCCAAGAUUCUUGAAGAGAUCAAAGAAAAUUUUGGGGACAAUAUUAAGCAAGGGGUUUUAGGCGUGGAUGAGGUGAAAAAACUAGCUUAUCUUCACGGUGCUAUAUGUGAAGCUCUGAGGCUUUUCCCUCCUAUUCCUUUUGAGCGCAAGCAAGCAAUUAAUGGUGAUAUACUUCCAAGUGGUCACAUUGUUAAUCCUAAAACUAUGAUAUUAUUUUCUUUGUAUGCAAUGGGGAGACUUGAAGAAACAUGGGGAAAAGAUUGCUUGGAAUUCAAGCCAGAGAGAUGGAUCUCUGAGAGAGGAGGCAUUGUUUAUGAACCAUCUUACAAAUUCAUCAGUUUUAAUGCAGGACCAAGGAUUUGCUUGGGAAAAGAAUUGUCCUUCAUUCAAAUGAAGAUCGUGGCAACUGCUAUUUUGAGCAAUUAUCGUGUCCAUGUGGUUGAAGGUCAUGUUGCUACCCCGAGCCUUUCCAUUGUACUUCUUAUGAAGCAUGGUUUGAAGGUUAAGAUUACAAAAAGAGAAAUUUGAUGGUAAGAAUUUUAAUUUCAAAUGUACCAAGUAUGUGUAGAAACCAUUGUGUCAUGUUUGUGUGUGUACCAGAGAACUUAGUUAUAUAGAAUAAAUGCAUUUGGGUUGUGAAAAUAACAAGAGGAA